AUGGCAUCCUUCUACGCAGCCAUAGGUUUCAUCCUCCCCUUUCUCCUCACCAUCGCAUUGCCCCAAUCUACUGGUUCCCCUCCUGCGGCGCCGUCGACCACCGGGUCAUUAUCCAUCGAGGACGCCUGCAAGCAGACCACCAAGCUCUACGACCUCUGCAUGGCGACGCUCUCCCCGGACCGGUCCUCCUUGACGGCUGAUGCUGUGGGCCUGACCAGGGCGGCCAUCCUGGCUGUCCAGAAGAACGCGUCCGAGACAGCCACAUACCUCACGAACAUCGAUGAAGAUGACAACUUCAAUAAAACGGCGCAGCUGCAACAAUGCCUCGAGGGCUGUGGGGAGCGGUAUGAGGCGGCCGUGGAGCAGCUGGCAGACGCGACAAUCGCGCUGGACAUGGGGGCAUACGACGAGUCGCAGGUGCUGGUAUCUGCAGGCCAGGCGGAGGUGAAGCUGUGCCAGAAGGGGUGCCAGGACUCACCAGAACACCGGAGCAUCCUCAUGGCGCGCAACACCGAGGUCGACCAGCUCUGCAAUAUCACUCUCGCUAUCGCCAAGCUUAUCCCCCGGUGA